UUGCAUAUCAGCUGGUGGCGGUCGGUUGUUGUCCAAUUUCAACUUUUUAACUUUUUUUAACACUGUAAAGUCUGCCGACAUAAAUAAACUGAAUUACCUGAGGGUGAAGUGCGUCUGCCUAAAGUUUGAUGUUAUACAAUAAAUAGUAUUAUAUCAACAUGAUUAGUAAUUUAAAGAAGAAGAAAACAUGGUUCAAACCAAUGUUUGACUUUGACGACGAUGAGAAAUCAAAAAAGCCUAAAUAUUCAACACAAGUACAAAAAGUUCCUGAAAAUGAGCCACUGGAGGAUGAGGUCAAUAAAAACACUCAGCAGAACAAAGUUAUAAUAAAGGAUCAUAAGCACUGGAUGAAAAAUUUUGAACCUGUCAGUGUAGAAGACUUAGCUGUCCACAAUAAGAAGGUGCAAGAAGUAGAAGAAUGGGUUAAGACGGUGAGCAACAACAACAACAGUGACAUGUUGCUUAUGACAGGGCCAGUGGGCUGCGGCAAAACUGCAACAUUACGAGUGCUCACAGCCAAGUACCAUGUUAGAAUCACAGAAUGGAUAACUCCUGUGGAUAUAGACCUUCCCUCCGAAAAUGGAGAAUAUGAAUUUAAGCAGAGACAGUCUCUGAAAUUCCUGGACUUCAUAUUAAAUGCCGCCAAUUUUACGUCACUGCUUGAUGAUAAUAGUAGAAAACUUGUCUUAGUAGAAGAUUUUCCAAACACUUUUUUAAGAACACCUUCAGAAUUUACAGAAGUUUUACAGCAAUAUAAACUACGAGCCAAGUCACCAAUAGUUUUUAUUUGUUCAGAGUCUCACACAGACAGCAAGAAUUCUGCAGCUAAUAUAUUCACACCAAGUUUAAAAGAACAAUUCAAUAUACAGCAUAUCUCGUUCAACAGUGUAGCACCAACAAAUUUGAAGGCAGCACUAAAAAGAGUGGCUAAUAUAAUAAACAAAAACCACACAGCUGUGUAUAAUAGUCCCACAGCUGAUAUUAUUGAAUGUGUGGUAAACUCAUCAGCAGGAGAUGUGAGAUCAGCAGUACUAAAUUUGCAUUUUGCAUGUUUGAAAGGAGGAUCCAAACAGAAUAUGGACACAAGUAUAGUACAAGGAAAAGAAUCUAAAAGCAAGACCACUCGAAAGAAAAAGCAGUCUUCUAGUAAAUUUAUGUCACUAGGAAAGGAUCAGACAGUGAGCAUUUUACACGGUGUUGGCAGAGUAUUAAAUCCUAAAGUAAUAGAAUCUGAUGGCUGCAAGAAGUUAUCACAUUCUCCUGAAGAAGUAAUUGAGCAGUUCAUAAGUCAACCUAUUUCAUUUGUAAACUUCUUAGAAGAAAAUUACCUACCUCAUUUCUCAAAUAUUGACCACGUUGACAAAGCUGCUUCGGCGAUUAGUGACGCAGAUUUUAUGCUGGCUGAGUGGAGGGAAAAAAUGUGCCAAGAAUAUGGUUUGUACACUGCAGUUGCCAGUUUAAUGCUUGCUAACAAAGCACCUGUUUCUGCAUGGAAUCCAGUAAGGGGACCGAAAAACAUGAAGAUACAAUAUCCGUCUGUUCGUGAGUUGCUCCUGUUAGAAGAAAAUAAUUUGUACAAAGGAAAAGUUCUAGUCUCAGAUUAUCAAACAUAUUGUAAGAUUAUUGGAAAUAAAAGUGUAAUGUGAUAUAUUUCUGAAA